AUGACCUUAUUUUUGAGAUCCAAAUUCCCUAAUAUAAUACGUCAAGGAAUUGUAAGUGGAUCUCUACCGCGGAGGUUUUUCUCACAUUCGUCGGUGGCCAGAAGUGCAGUAGCUUUUCCCUCGUUGCAUAGCCUAAGUGAUGAGGAGCAAAUGCUUCGUGAUUCAGUCGCCAACUUUGCCAAGCAAAAGAUAUUGCCAAAAGUUCAAGAGAUGGAUGAGAAAGAAAAGCUCGAUCCAGAGAUUCUCAAAGGACUGUUUGAACAGGGUAUUAUGGGAGUAGAGACCGAAACCGAGUACGGUGGUGCAGGAAGUUCAUUCUUGUCCGCGAUCCUGGCGGUUGAAGAAUUGGCGAAAGUUGAUCCUUCUAUAAGUGUUAUUUGUGACGUUCAGAAUACGCUUGUAAACACUCUCUUUCGCAAAUAUGGUAGCGAGCUCCUUAAGGAAAAGUAUCUGCCACAGCUUGCUAGUGAUAAGGUCGGUUGCUUCUGCCUCUCUGAGGCUCAGGCAGGGAGUGAUGCCUUUGCACUCACAACCCGUGCGGACAAGAAAGACGGUCAUUAUUUAUUGAACGGAUCCAAGAUGUGGAUCACUAAUUCAUUCGAAGCAGACAUUUUCUUGGUAUUCGCUAAUAUAGACUUGUCAGCAGGUUAUAAGGGUAUUACUUGCUUUGUCGUUGAGAAAGAUUGGGGCGUGUCUAUUGCUAAGAAAGAAACCAAGCUUGGAAUUCGAGCCUCGUCGACUUGCACGGUAAACUUUGACAACGUCAAGGUUCCCGAGGAGAACGUUCUCGGUGUGGUCGGAAAAGGAUACAAGUACGCCAUAGAAAUAUUGAACGAAGGUCGUAUUGGAAUUGCAGCACAAAUGAUUGGUUUAGCGCAAGGGGUGUUUGAUCAUGCUUUGCCCUACACGUAUCAAAGAAAAGCUUUCGGGCAGCUAGUAGGUGAUUUUCAGGGAAUGCAACACCAAUUUGCACAAGUUGCUACUGAGAUCGAAGCCGCGAGACUUUUAACGUACAACGCAGCCAGGUUAAAAGAAGAAGGCAAAAAUUUUGUCAAAGAAGCUGCUAUGGCAAAAUUGUUUUCGUCUCAGGUUGCCGAAAAGGCUGCGUCCAAAGCCGUCGAGUGGAUGGGAGGAGUUGGAUUUACGAGAGAAUUCCCAGUUGAGAAGUACUAUCGAGAUGCUAAGAUUGGUGCCAUCUACGAAGGAACAAGCAACAUUCAAUUGUCAACAAUAGCUAAAAUUUUGGCUCUAGACUAUAAAUAA